AUCUUAUUAGAUUGCAAGAGCAAAAGUGACAGAGGCCGUGGAAGUGUAACAGAUUUCGUUAUCCAGCGGUAUUAUUUCAUUUCUUGCAUAUAUUCAACUACUUCUUUGUUUCACUAUAAGUUUAAUGAAAUGCAUGCAUUUUCUACACAUUACAAAGACUUAAAUAUAUCUAAUUUAAAUUUAAAUUCAAAAUGAGCACAUAUUUUGUUACUAUUUCCAUUUGGCACAUUUUCUUUACAUUCAAAUUCUUCUUUGUAUAUGCAACUGUAUUAGCUGUCAAAUUUCCGCUGCCAUUUCAGUCGUUAUGAGUUAAAUUCCGAUUUCGCGAGUGAAAUAAGUGAAAAAUCUAAAUUUAUUAAUAAAUAGCGCUGCAACUAGAAUUUACAGUGUGAAAUAAUGUAGUCGUGAUAGUUUUGCUUCGAAAUUAACUAAAUAAUCAGCGUGAGCUAUGUUUUUAGUGUGUUUAUUUGACGAAAGUAGUUCGUUUGUAAGCAAUUGUUUGUCAGUGGCCGCGAAGUGUGAGAAAUUUAAGUUAUUUCUGUACAAAUGCAAGCUAAUUACUUUGUUGAUUCUAAAGCUAAUUAUGCAGAGUGGGCAAUAGUUCAAGAUUAAAAUCAAGACAUUUCUCAUAUUAACACUCCGGUUGUCUGGAAUUUCGCGACAACGAAAACAAACACAGCAACCGCAAAAUCAACCACCACCACAACAACAAACAUUCCACUUGUCAUAAUCAGCAGAAAUAUUUUCCCAUAUUUCUGUGAAAGUUGGACGCGUUCCUUGGCAUCGCAUUAUCUUGUCCUGUCAAAGCGCGCUGCGAAUACUAAACGGCAAAAGGAUAACCACACAUCAACAUACAAAUACUUCUGCGUGACUGAGUGGGUGUGAGCGCGUGAGUGACUCAUUUGGCAUACGUAGCGCAACAGUCUCGGCCGCAUAGUUCAGGCUAAGCUGUGGGUAGCGCACACUUGAAGCAACAAUCAAGCCAAAUACAACAACAGACAGCAAUAAACACCGCUAUUUGUUAGUAUUUCGUUUAUGAUUUCGUGUCGUUUUCAAAUAGACCCACGAAAAGGUUUCGACGGCCGGUUUGAGGAGUGUGCCAAGCAAGGCGACUGGUAUAUAAGCUGCCAUUAUUGACACACACACACACACAGACGCUUAAAUAUAACACAUAUGCGUGCAAGUGUGUUUGUGUGAGUAAAUAUUUAUCGCAGUAAAACACUUGUGGCAGUUUAAGUAGCCAGUCUUGCCGCGCCGAGGAACAGCUGGUGCGCAUAUUACCGCCAUUGUCAGGCAAUUGUUGGCGGCUGUCGGCUAAACCGUUAUUCAGCUAGCUAAACAAUCAAGGCAAAUUGUGAAAGCAAAACCAAAAACGUAAACGGAAACUCAAACAAAUAAACACAUAAAGAGAGAAGUAAAGACAUAAACAUCACAACAAGUGGAGCACACAGCCAUCAUUUAAAAACAAGAAAUAUACAACAACAACUGUUAGCAAAUAUUGCCGCAACGAGUUCGCGUGUGAAUUUGUACAUCCUCCAUCCUUGCAACCAAUACCGCCAAAAUGCAGACAAAUGUGCAAAUUGAUUCGAAGAAUCUGCGCUCGAACGACGACAACUUUCGCUCGCGCGGCCAUCACAUCACCAUCGAGGAGCUGGUUGCCAUCUCGCCGGAACGACGUAAUUGGCGUGGCAUAUUUAUAGCGUUGCUGGUAAUAGCAGCAGUCUUCAGUCUCAUAAUUUUCUCGAUUUUCCUGCUGUCGCCAGAGGAUGAAGGGUUGCGCAUACGCGGCCGUCACAUGGUGCUGCCAGACAUUUUAGGCAAAAGUUUGCAGUGGAAGCCCUUCAACGGCACUUGGAGUAGUGACAUCGAACUGAUCUACCGUGACCCCACAGGCGGCUUAUCGAUAUUAAAUCUAGACAAUUACACAACGCGGGUCCUAAUGACCAACUCAACAUUCCGCCAGCUAAAUGCUGAAUCGUUUCUCGUAUCGCCCGAUCAGAAGUAUGUGCUGCUGCAGUCGGACAGCAAUACGGAAGGCUCCAGGCAUCACGUUUACGAGGUGCAGACAGCGAACACCUUUCCGCUGGGUCCCACGGAGAACAUAGCGGAGCCGCCGCGCCUGCAAUAUGUCACAUGGGCGCCCAACGUGCCGCCCGCGCCAGCCACAACCACAACAAGCACCACCACGAGCACCACUACAACAACCAGCACAACCACAACAACGCGCGCACCAAUCAACACAACAACAAAUGCGACACGUACAGCGAACGGCGCUGCGACAGCGGCAGCCGUGAAUGGCUCAAGUGGUGGCAGCAUCUUGCUGAGCAGCUUGGCGGGCGCAGCGACCGGUGGCGGUGUGGGCAAGCCGCCGCCAAGUAAUUUUCAAUAUCCGAAUGGCGGUGCGGUGAAAGCGUUUCCACAAAAUCAGGCAAUCGCCUUUGUGUACGAGAACGACAUCUACUACAAGCCGAAGGUUCAAGGCGAGCUGGUAUGCCGCAUUACAACAACAGGUCGCGCUGGCGUCGUCUACAAUGGUAUACCGGAUUGGACGUAUGAGAAUGUGCCAGAGCUGAAUGGGCGCAGCAGCGGUCUCGCCUUCUCACCGGAUGGUCUAUUUUUAGCCUUUCUCACAUUCAACGACAGCGAUGUGAAUGAAUACAAGUACACCUGGAUGGGCGACGACAUCAAGUACCCAGCUGUGCUAACACAACGCUACCCUAAAGCAGGCGAAGCCAACCCGAAUGUCACCGUGAAUGUGGUAAAUCUCUCCGUCCUCAAGUACAUCUUCCCCACACAAAUCAAACUUCCAGCCGAUCUCUCGAAUGGCAGCUAUAUUGGCGCACUCACCUGGGCCACACCCAUUGACCUCUCCGUAACGAUCACCAAUCGUGGUCAAACGAAAGCUACAACGGUUGUUUGUCGCGCACCAGACUUCCAUUGCCAUCCUGUACACACAGAAGUUACGGUUAAUGAUGGUUGGGUGCUACCAGCUGAGCGGCCCAUAUUUUCCGCACGCAAUAGCGCAAAUCUCAAACGAAACCAACAACAAUUGCUCGCCAAUGGACUGAAUGGCAAUAAUAGCUAUCACAAUGUGAGCAAUGGUCAGACCACUUAUGAGAUUUCGCAUGGCGGUUAUCUGCUCAAACGUCUCCCGGUACGCGAUGGCGAACACGGACACUUCCGACAUGUGGUCUUCAUUUCAUCACUGGAUCGCCGACCAGUGCCAUUAACAAUGGGACGGUUCGAAGUCACCGAGCUUUUAGGUUGGGACGAACCGCAUGAGAUUGUUUACUUUAUGGCGGCGCCGGAAAAGCGUCCAGGUGAACGGCAUCUCUACAAAAUCAGUCUUAAGCUGAAUGAGACGCAAAGCAAUCGCGCGUAUAUUACUUCAACACAGCCGACAUGCUUGACCUGUGACAAUACCAUAUCCACGUUCCGACUGACCGCGCAGGGUAUACGCGUAGAGGACGCUGAAAAUCGUAGCGACGAUGAGACCGAGUGCUACUAUGAUAUACCGAAGAACUGUCUUUACAAUAAAAUUUACUUCAGCAAAGAUUACUCGCACUAUGUGCAAGAGUGCCUGGGACCGGAGUCACCCAGCGUCUACAUGGUGGAGACACAGAGCAACAUGAAGACGUAUAUACUCAAUGCGGGUCACAGUCUGCGACACCGUCUGCAACAGCUCGCUUUGCCACAAAUACGUACGUUCAGCGUAGAGAUACGACACGGUUUCCAUGCACAAGUGCGUCUCUUUCUGCCGCCGGGAAUGCGCGAGGACGAAGAGGUCGCCUUUCCGCUCAUACUGCACAUCAACGCGGCACCCGGUUCACAGCUGGUCACCGAAAAGUAUCAAGUGGAUUGGAACUGGUAUUUGAGCAGUCAACGCUCCAUGAUUGUGGCGCAAAUUGAUGGACGCGGCAGUGGCUUCCAGGGCGAACUGCUGCGCACACAAGUGCACGGCAAGCUCGGCACCGUCGAAGUGGAGGAUCAACUGGGCGUAUUAACCUACCUGCGCGAUAAUUUGAAAUUCAUUGAUCCGUCACGUAUUUGCGCCUACGGCUGGGGUUAUGGCGGCUACGCGGCCACCAUGACGCUCAUCGAUGACUCGCACCAGGUGCUGCAGUGCGCUGUGGCCGUCAACCCGAUUGUCUCCUUUGGCUAUCACUACUCAUUUUUCACCGAACGUUACAUACCGCUGAAGGGCGAUUACUUGCGCGCUCUGCAGGAGGCCGAUUUGACCAUGAAGGCUGGCAAUAUUAAGGGUCGCAAUUUGAUGUUGAUACACGGCACGGCGGACAGACUGGUGCAUCAGGAGCACACGUUGAUGUUGGUGCGUGCGCUGGUGGAUCAGCAAGUCAAGUUCAGACAUCAGGUCUACCCCGAUGAGGAUCAUGCGAUGACGAAAUCACUCAGUCACGUCUACAAAACAAUGGAAUGGUACUUUGAUGAGUGCUUCGGACCCAACGACGACAACGAAUGGGAUCCGACGGGACUCUUUGUGUUCAAACAAUAAUUAAUCAUUCACAGUGGUGAAGAGGUCUAUUUGUAGAAGCAAGUACUAAGUAGUUGCAUAAAUUAGUGUGAUUAGAGAUUCUAUAGGCAGCACGAAAAAAACAAAAAUUUAAGCGAUUAAAGCGAACAACGCGUUGCAACAACAAAGUUCAUAUGCAUGUAGUGAUGAGUGUUAAGGGUAUGGAAGGGCAUAUAGGUCACAUCUAGGUGAGCAAGAUUAAGAGAGUUGAGUACUCAUUCUCUAAACUGUGGGUUUUGUGCGUAGCGACAGAGUUGACGCGUUCUUAACUAGGAAAAUUCAAGUUUUUGCAUUUUUGAAAGAAAAUAAUAUUACAAAUUAGUUUUUAUAUUUGCAGGCUAAGCAAAAACAUUAAGCUAAAUAAGAAAGCUGAUUAGAAACAAAGCUUAAGUUAUAUAAAACUAAGUGUAAGUGGUUACAAAAAGUAAUGAAAAAAUUAAAAUUAUUUAAAAAAAUAAUAAUUAUUUAAAAAAUUUAAAGCUAACAAAAAGCAAACGA